AUGAACGCGGCACAGAGUUUCAAGGCGUGUGUGGAGCAGUUUGCCCCGCAGUUCGUGGGCCAGGCGCAGCAGGACGCGCAGGAGUUCAUGGCCUACCUGCUCGACGGCCUCCACGAAGACGUCAACCGUGCCAAGAAGCACCCCGCCCAGUCCGAGGCCACCGAUGUUGACUUGGGCGCGGCUGCGCGGAGGGAGUGGGCGGUGCACAAGGCGCGGCACGACAGCCGCGUGGUGGACCUCUUCCACGGGCAGCUGGACAGCGCCCUCCGGUGCCGCCAGUGCCAGAGGGAGAGCCACCGAUUCGAGCCCUUCGUGUUCCUCUCGCUGCCCGUCCCCUCGAAAUACCAGAGGUCGUUCGAGGUCGUCGUGGUGCCGACGCUGAGCAGGGGAGUCGCUGGGACUGCUACGCUCUACGGAGUGAAGGUGGUCAAGGCUGGGACGGUGGCCGAUCUCGUGCGGGAGCUGUCCGCCGUUUGCGGCCUCCCGCCGGCGACCCUCCAGGUGGCCGAAGUCCGUGCGCACAGAAUCUGGAAUGUGCUGCCCGCCGCCAAGCCCCUUCAGGAACUUGCGGAAUCCGAUGUACUCUACGCCUUCGAGGUCGCACCACAGCCGACGGCCCUCGCACCCUCGCCCGUCGGCGCCCUGGGCGGACCUCCGCCCGCACCACCCGCCGCCGGACCGCCUCCACCCCCGCCGUCAGGUGCUGCCGGACCCCGGCCGCCGCACCAGAAGCCGCAACUGCCGGCCGACGUGCAGGUCCUGCACCGCGUGGUGACCACCACCACCACCGAUGGCGAAGCGGCCCCCCAGCCACAGCGCGCGCCGGUGCCGAGCCUCACCGGGUGCCCCUUCGUCUACUCGUUUGCCGGCGCCAAGGAGGUCACCAACGCGCAGCUGGGCGCUGGCCUGGCCCGGCUCGUCGACCCCUUCACCGCCGCAGCUGCGCCCGCGCCCGCGCCCACGGGCCGGCCGUACGUGUUACGGGUGGUGAACAAGCAGGGCACGGCGUGCGGCAACUGUCCGGCGGCGAAGAAGUGCGCCGGAUGCCGGGUGCCGGACGACGGCGAGCCGCUGGAGCUCAAUGCGCGGUGCGCCAUCGCCGUCGACUGGGACAUUCCCGCGGGUCCCGAGGAGCUCCACCCAGUGCUUGCGGCACUCAACCAGGCGCCGAGCGAACACGAAGCCAGCCUCGAGGUGAGCAGAGAGGAGGAGAAGAUCGCGCUCGGCGAUUGCCUGCAGUCCUACACCAGGGAAGAACUACUUGGGGAAGACAACAUGUGGCACUGCCCGCAAUGUGACGCCAAGCAGCCAGCGGCCACACAAACCCAGGUGUGGAGAUUCCCCGAAUAUCUGGUCGUUCAUCUCAAGCGAUUCCCGCCGGUGAUGCGAUCGUGGAGGGACAAGUUGGACAUGUUUGUGGACUUCCCGCUCGAGUGGGACCUCUCCGAGUACGAGAGGAGUCACGAACAGGCCGCCAGUGGCCCUCACUAUCAACUCUACGCCGUCGUGAACCACUCGGAAGAGACGGGCGUGGCGCACUACACCGCACAUACGAGGGACGCUGGCGAUCGCUGGGUGCGCUCGCCGCAUGCCUACCUCCUGUCCUACCGCCGAAUCUAG